UGAACACUACCUAGUACCAAUCAGUAAAGAUCGAUCAGUACCGCGAAUAAACACUGGAUGGGGCAAUAAAUGUAUAGAUAACUGGAAUGAGAACUGAUGGCUGACUUGGAGAACUGAUCUGGCCCAAAUCAAGAUCAGUAAUCAAACUGUCAGUAUUUGUCAAAUGAAUAUGUAUCAUAUGGGAUUCCACCUUGAAGCACAAAGACAGCAACGAACUAUUGAUAAGAAGAAAGCUGCAGAAGAGAACACUGGGCCUUCUCAGGUAAAGGCUUCUGAAAGACAAGAGACAAGAUCAGGCGCUAGACCGGCAACACGCAUGACAACAACAGUCCCCCAGUCACGUGCUAAUACUGUUUCUCAAAAUGGCGCUAAGCCACCGACUGCUACUGUACUGGGAUAUCAACGCAUUGGACAACCAACUCUAGAAGAGCGUUCAUCCUCAAGAUCUGAACAAUAUCAAGAUCGAUGGUUGAAUAAUCGCUUUAGAAUCCGUCAUGACAGAAAUCUUGUUCCUUUACCUCAUAGAAACGUAGACUUGGCACAUGCUGAGCUGCAAAAUCCCUUCACAAUGACCGACUUCCCGUAUCACAUGGAGGCGCUGAGAAAGCAGAGGAUCAUUGACAGAAAACACGAGGCAUUGGAGAACCUUGCAAGGAAAAGGGAAGCACAAGAAAACGAAAGACGACUAGAAACGCGUGAUGGAAACCUAGAAUCUCGUAUGGGGACACGCGAGUGUUCUCGCGCGGCAGGCUCAYGCCAAGCUUCACAACAAGUAUCUUCCAAGUCAGAUCGUUACCGUAACCUUAUCCCACCGAAACCAGAACCAUUACAUCAAUGGCGAGACUUACAGAAUAAUCACUURCACCACGAGGCUAGAUCACUAAACAAACCAUACUCUACAGAAAGAAAGGAUGGAAAAGGCAAGGAAUACUGGCAAAGAACCUGAACUGUGACGGAAGGACUCGCAGGGAAAUCUACUCAUGCAUAUCCCUUGUCACUUGGUCAUAUUCAGUAGUUUUAGUUUUUCAAUUGAAAAUACUCGAUUUAGAGAACAAAUAGUUUUUAAUUUUUGCAAAACGUUAUUACUUACACAUACUGAUUUUGUUUUAGACAAAAAUUUUCAUUAAAAAUAUUAUUUCAAGAUCAGCUGACUGCAUUUUUAGUUGUAAGAAAUAAUUGUACUAAAAACAAUAUAAAUAAUUGUUCUACAAAUAUCAUUAGUAUAAUUAAGACAGGCCAGGAAAACUAUUCAUAAAGGUUUCUAGACCUGUGUUAAUGAUAAUUUUUUAGCAGAUACUCAAAUCUCUUGACGAGUAUGAAACUUUUGCUUGACGAGUAUGAAACUUUAACUCUGGGUUACGUUACAAAGCCUGUCUUGAUUUAGUGCUUCUCUUGUAACCCUUGGCACAGGAGAAAAAUAACUUUUGAAAACCAGGGUAGAAAAUGCUAAGCCAAGCUUAAAAUGACUUCAGACAAAGAAGUAGGGUCUUAUGGUUGGAUGUAGUGAACACAAGAGAUUGCUCACAUUUCUUUGUGAACUAUCUUGUACAAUCGUACCACCAAUCAUGUGUGUUCAUUAACCAUGUAUAGCAAACCAAAUGACUUUCCAGCAUGGAGUCUUGCUUCAUACAGACUGAAUAGUGUUGUCUUGUUUGAAGAUGAUUCUGUUGUAUCUCCCAAGAGUAUCUUACUUGAGAGCUAAUGAAUGUAUCUGGUCUGAUGGCAGCUUGUAUGGAGUAAAUUGAAAAUCUUUGCAACGUACGUAUUAGUAUCUUCCACGGCCUAAAAUAAAUACAAAAUAUGAAACAUAAA